AUGAAAAACAGAAGUUGUUUUUCCGAAUGGCUAACGAAAGAAGUAAUCAAUCACAAAUCGAGACGGAACUGCCAAGAGUUUACAGGGAGACUUAUGCUUGGAGAACAACACCUCGCCGUAGGAAACUCUAGGAACCCUCAUUCUCGGUCAUUUAACACAAGAUUAAACAAAACUCCCAGAGAGCACGGAAGAGGUCGUGCAACGGCUUCCAGACAAGCGAUCCAAAAGGCGUUUCCUCCGUUCCCUCCCAGCAGCCCGGCGAGCCGCGCAAACGGGAUGGGGAGCGGAGCCCGAGCAGCGCCGACCGCGCUCGCCCCGAGCCGAGCGGAGGGGCCCGGCCGGGCCCGGAGGAAGCGGCCGCCUCCCGCGCGGCGGUGGCCAAUGGGCGGCGGGCGCGGCCCGAGGCGCGGCGAGCAGGCCCGGCGGGGCCGCCGUGACGCACUUCGGCAACCGCCCGCCCGCCCGGGCCGCGCCGGCACGGCCCCCCCCGCAACCGCGCCGGGCGGCGGCCCCGGGGCGCGCAGGGAAAACGCGGGGUCACAACGGCGGCUGAGGCGCCUCGGGAGACCGGACACGCCAGGAGAAAAUAAGCGCCCAGAAAAGAGAAACACCAGGAAAGCUCUCGUUUCCUACCUGGGCAGGGUUCAGCUCAGUUCAGUGCGUGCCGAGGAGGAGGGGGCAGAGGAGCACUAUCUAAAACAAAAGUGGCGCCAAAACCCCCCAGUAAGAAGCAUUCUCCUUCCUCCUCCUCCUCCUCCUGCCCCCCUCCCCCACCGGGGCCGGCGAGAGCCCAGCGGGGUUCCAGCAACACGCGGCUCCCGGCAUCGGGCGUCCCCGGCACAACGGACAGCAGCCGAGGAGCUCGGCCAAAGUCACUCGGAGGGGAAAACUCGACCCACAAAGGCCUUCGCCGAGCUGGGCGCCGGGGCGGGGGGGCAGCGAAUGGAGGCGGGGGGGGAAGGUGCAGGUCAGUCCCUACCUACGUCCUCACUUGGGCCGAAGGAGCCCCGCUUCCGCCAGCCCUCCUAUGCAAUCCCGGGGAAGGGCGGCCAGAGUUCCCCAGCUCUGGGAAGAGAGACUGAGGAGACAAACCCCGAUCCCUCGGCACUUCCCUGCGCGGGGAACCCGCCGGCAGCGGGCUGGAAGGAAGAACUCGGCUGCUGGACAGUGGGGAGCAGGGGGAAGGGAGCGCUGUCAGGGGUGCGAGUCCCCGGCCCGCGGCCUCCCCCGACAUUCGACCCCGGGGCACAGGCAGCCGCCCCACCAUUUUCUCUGCGCGGCCCAGCGCUCCUCCCGAGCGCGGCUCGGGCCCCGACCCCAUUCCCCUGGCUUGCCCACCCGAGCGGCCCGGCCCGGCCCGGCCCGGCUCGCCCGCACACACACCCCACGCACACAAUGCCCGAGUCCUCCAUCUUGCCGGCAGCCCCUGCUCGGCUCGGCAGAAGGGGGGAGGAGGAGGAGGAAAAGGCGGUUCUCCAUUUUAGCUCGCCGAGCGCCGGGCCCGGCCUGCCCGCGGCCGGCUCUGGGGAGGAGGAAGGGGGCCGGGGGGGGGCAGGGGGGCCGUUUUCGGCGCCCUCUCGCUCUCUCACUCGCGCUCCGCUCGCCUCCCCCCUCCCCGCCGCGGCGCGCCGGGAACGGGGGGUGGGGAAGCGGGGGGCUGGAGUGUUUUCGCGGCUCGGCCCCGCCGUCCUCCAUCUUGGCUGCGCGCAGUCCCCGCGGCCAGCCGGCCUGGCGCCCCGUGCGGGCCCGGGCGCCGCGGGCCCCGGCCCGGCCUCUCAUCGCCGCCGCGCACCGCGAUCCCGUGUCCCCCCGCCAAACUUCCAGAAGCUUCGCCGCCAUUUUCUAACUUACCUUGCCCAGUGUCGGCGUAGGCAGCGAGGAGGCCCCGGCGCGCAGCUCCGCUCCCGUAUUCCCGGCGCGGCUCGCCGGCUGCGCGCCCGUCCCGGCCUGUGCCGGGCUAUGGGCGCGGAGGGGGCGCGGGGCGCGGGCGGGUCGGGGUUAUUUAAUUUGGCGGCGGCGCUGGGGAUUGUUUGGGGUGUUCGCUGCUCGGCGGCUCGCGGGCGAAUGGAGGGCGCAGGCGCCACCUGGCGGCCGCCCAGCGGGGCCCGCUCUCCUGGGCGUGGGGCGACACCUGCCGGCCGCCCGCGGCAGCGCCGUGCCGAGCGGGGUAAACAAGGUGCGGCGCAUGCGCGGGGCGGGCGCGCAGCUGCGGCGGGGCGGGCCCGCGCUGGGAUCGGCAGCGGGGCCCGGCGCGGCCUAAAAAGGAGCGGCCGCUCGGACGCGGGGCCAGCCCGCGGGACGCACCCCGCCACACCCCGGCCCCGGCUCUGCAGGCGCAGCCCUGCAGUACUUGGAUAUAAUUGUCCGGCCGAGGCAAAGCUGGGCCGCACGAAAGUGCUCCGUGGAGCUUAUGCCGCAGGGUUCUGCUCGCUCUGUGCCGCCGGGAAGCGGAGCCGUGCCGGAGGGAGCCCGUGGCCCGGGAGAUAA